AUUAUCUCCAGUUUCCGGAAGUUCUAUGGUUUCCUAAAUUCUGAAAAAGGAAAUGGAGUGAAACAAUCAAGUUUUUCUUUAAAAUGCUCCGUUGAGCCGUAGAAAAUGCAUAGAUUCAUCGAUUAUUUUGUCGUAAUAGGAUACGAUUAUAAUUCUGACGGCGGCAAGGGAAAGAUACUUCAAAAAUUCCCUAAAGAGGAUUGGAAAGAUUAUGCAUUGCCACAAGCUCUUGAUCAAUUUUGCCAGCCUGGAGGAUGGUCGAUCAGUUCAACAAGGCAUCAGCCGUCAUUUUGUCAUGCUGUUUUGACAGAUUCCGAGAGAAAUUUUUCCAAUCGUUGGACAUUGGAACUUAUGGUAGCUAAUUUAGUAGGAAAAAUUAUGGUCCCUAAACCCGGUGGUUUACUCGUUCAAUAUCAAUUAACAUCAGAUGAUAGACAAUUUUUACCAGCACCUUACUCUGGUAUAAUGUGUACAACAACGGAGUGUUACUCGCUUUUUAGACAGUUAGGAAUAUAUAAUGUGCUUACUCUAUUCUCUGCCGUACUGACUGAUGAAAAGAUAUUAUUUCAUUCUACAAGUUAUAAUCGAUUAACUGAAGCUGGCCAAGCACUUAUUUCUUUGUUAUAUCCGUUAAAGCAUAGUUUCGUUUACGCGCCAAUUCUACCGUUAAUUAUGAUCGAAGUGCUUUCGAGUCCUACGCCGUUCGUUUGUGGUAUUCACUCUGAUUUCUUGCCUGAUUACAGCGAAUUGCCUAACGUUAUUGUCGUACAUCUCGACUAUGGAACGCUAUUUAUACCAGAAAAUAUUCAUGUGAAUUCAAUACCAAGUAGAAUGCUCAAUCGCGUUCGACAGUCUCUUCAAUUAAUUUUAACUCCUGAAUUAUUCUCUGCUGAUAAUGCAUUUAUAUUUAACGAAACACCGACCAAGCUAUCAGAAAGGGAUGCAUGUUUACAAGAUAAGAUGAUAAGAGCUGUGUUCAUUCGAUUUUUUGCUGAACUAUUUCUUGGUUAUAGAUCUUGUCUGUUAACAUCACGCAUAUAUCCGAAAACGUUUAUUCAUUUUGAUAAGGCCAAAUUUUUAGGACAAAGUGAUAUGAUGGAUGAAAAAUUUACAUUACAAAUUUUGGAGUGCAUGUCGUUCAGCAUUUUUAUUGAGGAGAGGGGUUUGCCUUUCAGGGAGUUGGAUAUCUUUGAUGAGGUUUAUGCAAAUAUUGCAAGGCAAUUAAUAAAAGAAGCAUCAAAUCUUGAAGUCAUGAUGCAACAUAUCACUGAUUUAGCUGCUUUAAUACCUUUUAAGGAAAUAGAACACGAAAAAUUUAAAAACCCGCCAAAAAUGCCAAAAUUAAAAGAGGAAGCGCUUGAUAGAAUUCAUCAACCACAUUUUCCUGAAUUAGAUGAAAAUAAAAUAUAUGAAGUAAUAAAUAAUCAAGAACUACCACCGAAAAGGAAUUCGGAAAUGGAACAGAAACCUCGAUUAAGAGUUGUUCCGAUGGGAUAUAGCUAUACGGAUUUAAAAAAGAGUUUAGGUUACGUUUCUCAUGUUGAAAAAGGCUUGGAAGUUUUAAGAUCCUGUAUUACUUUCGCCUUUGAAAAUAAAGUAUCUGAUGCUCUAAAAGUAUUAAAUGCUGUUAAAGCCAUGCUGAAAGAUCACGAAGCCCGAGUUUGCCUAGUUAAUGUAUUAUCUUCCUAUGUAACUGCUACAACAAUUGAACUUCAAGCUCAACAAUUUCGUAUUGUUGUCGAAUUGUUAGAGUCAGCUUUAAGUAACGAUUCUAUAACUGACGAAUUCGGUAUUGCCCAUAGCAUUCUACCCAUAUCAAAUAAUAUAUGUAAGACGUUAAGUGAUGGUGCAAAAGUUUUCGCUUAUUAUUAUCUUCAAAAAUAUGCUGUUUGGUCAAAUAUAAAAUUUUGGAUAAAUUCAUAUUUUAGAGAUGUUGACAAAGAUAUUUAUAGAGUUUAUGCCUCCGACUCGGAUAGCGAUAUGAGUGUGGAUACGAUAAAGACGAAAAAAUAUUUAUACAACGACUCCUACGGUCCUUCUAAUGAUAUUCAUUGUUUGAGCGUUACAGCCGAAGAGUUACGAAACAUGGCUAAUGGAUCGAAUAUUUCUGAUGAGGAAAUGAAUACAAAUAUUAAAAAGGAGAACCAAGCUAAUUUUUCUCAAAUUACUUUAUAUAUGAAUUUUAUAUGUAAUAUGAGAAUAGAUGCCCGAAGCACUGAUACAUGUAAAGUACGGAAAGGAGGAAGAGAGGAAAUCGAAUCGAGUAUUCUUACAGGAAGUUUUGCCGAAGAACACGACGACUAUGAUACUGAUACAAAUACAAAUGAGAACGAUAAAUUAGUAGACGUUCAUUAUAUAGAAAGGUUUCUUGAGAAGUUUAUCGAUCAUAUUGUACACAAUUGUAUGUUGGAACAAUCGAAAGCUAAAGAGAUGAAAGAACUAAUAGAAGAUACUGUUAAAGAAAGGGUUAGCGCUAUUCAAGCGACGCCGCAUAUUUUCGACGACAUAGAAAAGCCGGUAAAAGUCAACGAGCCCUACAUCCUACCCGGAGAAGUUAUGUAUAGAACUAGUCUAAGAGCUUAUCUAUUACCAGAUGGUAGACUAGAAGGGUCUGAUGUUUUAGUAAAUAGACAACGUUCAAAGGCUACUCAUUCACCCGUAGCGUCAGACUUUAAUCAAGAAGAAAGUGGAUUUGUAUAUCUUCCAGCAGACGGUGCGGUAUUCCUAACGAACUACCGUGUAAUAUUUACUGGCUUCCCAUUAAAUCCCUACGCCAGAGAAAUGGCUGUAUAUCGUUCUUUUCCUAUUAGUUCUCUCGUGAAAGAAAAACGUUUAACUAAUGUUCUAGUUAACGAUAAUAUUACAAUGGCGGAAGGAUGGCAAUUAAGAUCAUUUACCUUCGAACUGAUACGUUUAGCCUUUCAUAAUGACGUUCUUACCGAGAAGAUAAAAUCAAUGAGAGAACAAUUAUUGAGAACGAGAUAUCCUCAAAACGUUCAUUGUACUUUUGCUUAUAAUGGUGCCGUACAAUUACCAAUAGUACCUUCAAUGCAUAAACAUAAGGAAAAGAAUAGUACAUUAAAUUUAAAGUCAAUGUGGAAGAAGACAUUAGGUAAUUUCUCAUCUCACUCAAAUAAGAAGACUAUUACCUUAUCGUCAACUUCUUCUCCAACGUUUACCGCAAGAGGUAGUGGUUUCGACACUGAAGAAAGCUCCACUUUUAACGCCGAUGAAAAAAUGUAUGAGCAACUUAUAUGGAAGGAUACCAGGAGCGUAGAUAAGCUCUGUGAAAGAUAUCAUGUGAUUGAUUGGGAAGAACAAAAUUUAUACAGCCUAAAAAUUGAUGAUAAAGAAAAAAGUAAUGAAUUUAGAGCAACCUGGAUUAAUUCGGAAUAUAAAUUAUGUAAAAGCUAUCCAUCCGUUUUUCUUGUGCCAUGCGCAUACACUGACGAUGGUCUACAAAAGUUAUCUAAAUGCUACAGACAUAAUCGUGUACCAGUUGUUACAUGGAGACAUCAGUCGAAUAAAUCUGUAUUGCUGCGCAGUAGUGCCUUCCACGGUCGAGGAUUUCUGAGCAUGUUUAAAUAUAAUCAUCCAACUGGUUCAUCGUCCGAAUCAACGACCUUCGAACAAGAGCAGGAGCGUUUCCUAUCAAUUAUCAUUGAUUUAACACCACCGAUUGGUAAUUCUAAACAUUGUGAUUCCAUAAGUGGCUUGGAUGCUUACAUGCGUGAUAUAACCUCUUCUUAUACAACUACUGCUGGUGAUUUGUCUAGCAGCGGUUAUCAUGGUGCUACUAAAGCCCUGUUCGGCAAAGCCAGUAGAGUUAAAUGUAAGCUUAUUUUAAUCUUUCGCUAA